AUGUCGACUAACUCAUUCAACGCUACAAUUGCUCGGAUUCUUCAAACUGAAGGUUUUCAAGACAAAAACACCAAAAUUACAGAAGAAUGCAUGAAAUUACUGGAGCCAUACAUAGAGUUACUGAUAAGAGAAGGUGUGCUAAGGGCGCUGGAAAACAAAGAUGAAUCUUCGCCAGAGAAUGUUCUGGAGUAUACAGAUCUGGAAUCAGUAGCUGGUCUAUUGUUGAUGGAUUUCCAAUGA